AUGAAAAACAAAACAUUUUGAAGUAUUACUACUUUCAAACAAAAUGUGAAUAUUACGCAAUGUAAUACAUUAAAAUAUUAUUGAUGUUCCAAAGGUUUCCCCCUGCCGUUUUUCUUCAUUAUAUGACAGUAUUUCCUCAAAGAAGAUCUUCGUUUUAGUUCUUCUGGGUUAUUGUUUGCGGUCGUGUUUUUAAAGUUACUUUUUCAUGUAAUUUGUCCUUAAAGGAGUUCCGUAGUUGUACAAUACGCGUACUACGAUUUUUUUUUCCUGGCAGAAAAAAAUGUUUUAUGUGAAAGGCUGCCCUUACCUAUUGUUUUGCUCAUUUGUAAAAUUCAAUUCAUAUUUUCAGUGUGAUAAUAAAAAUUACUAAAAUCAAGAUAACGUUUCGACGCGCUGUCGUGUGACGUCAUCAGUCUCGCGACUGAAGUCACAUGACGAAAGCAGCGGCCAGCUUCAUGAACAUAUCCGCCUCGGAAUCAUUUACUAUACAAAUGUACUAAAUAUAACUCAAAACCACCACAAUGUGGAAAGAGUUGGACAAGGAAGAGGACGAACCCAGUCGAGCGAGAGAGGAGAGCGAAGUGAAACGACGAGAUCCGGAAGCAGUUUCCAAGACUCGAAUUGUGCUACACGCCAAGGUCACCCAGCAGCGGAUGGCUUGUCGGGUCAAAGCAGAAGAGGAGGCGUCGCUGACCUCUCAUGCGAACGACGACGAGGAGAAUCGCCAGCCACGCCGCGUCAAAGAGGAAGAGGAGGAGUUCCCGCUGACCGUCGUCGUCGUGAAGGGUGAAGACGACGAAGACGAACCGCCCAUAACGUCGCAGCUUCAUCACCGCAGUCCAGCCGGAGACCACUGCAGAGGACCACCGCGGUCACGCAGCGACGACGUCGAAGAUACCAGCGACGACGACGACAAAAACUCGGAAACGGAGAGGGGAAAAGGACGCUUUAGCUGCUCCAACUGUGGCAAGAGCUACGCAUACAAGUGCAGCUUGACGAGACACAUGCAGACGCACACGGGGGAAAAACCCUUUGUGUGUUCCAUUUGCGGCACCAAAUUCGUCCGAAAGGUGGCGCUGAUCGCGCACGCCGCCGCGCACACCGGGAAGAAGUCGUUUGUGUGCUCCCAGUGCGGGAAGAGCUACUCUUACCAGAGCAGUCUUAAUGCGCACAUGCAGACGCACAACGCCGAGAAACCCUUCAAUUGCUCGGUGUGCGGCGAAGGCUUCAUUCAGAAAGUAGCCUUGAUCGCGCACACGACGACGCACACAGGAGAGAAGUCCUUCUCGUGCUCGGUGUGCGGUAAAGCCUUCUCCUAUAAGAGCAACUUGAAUAUACACAUGCGCACGCACAAGGAGGAAAAGUCCUUCAGUUGUUCGGUUUGCGAUAAGAGAUUCUACCUGAAGUCUAUCAUGGUGUUACAUAUGAGGACGCACAGUGGGGAAAAACCUUUUAGCUGCUCCGUUUGUGGUCAGAGGUUCACGCGGAAGGUGAAUAUGAUUAAACACAAGAGAUCACACGCGGAACUGAAUAACACUCCUGAUGUUUGAAGGUCAAUCUGAAAGUUCUAGUUUUAAUCCAUUGUAGUGGUGUAUAAAGGUACAACACUGUGUGUGUGUGUGUGUGUGUGUGUGUGUGUGUGUGUUCAAUGUCCUAGAAAGUUCUCAUACAUAUACAUAUGUUCAGUAGUUGUUCAUUAUGGAAAUUAAAUCAGGAAACACUCUUGA